AUGUCUCUCCACUUCGGCUCCCAGGUCUUCAGCUCGCGCUCCGCCGCCUUCCCGGGCCGUGGCGCUCCGGUGCGCCUGAGCUCGGUGCGCCCCGGCGGCUUCGGCAGCAGCAGCAGUCUCUAUGGCUUGGGCGCCUCUCGGCCUCGAGUGGCCCCGCGCUCAUCCUACGGGGCCCCUGUGGGCACCGGCAUCCGCGCGGUCACCGUCAAUCAGAGCCUGCUGACCCCGCUUCAGGUGGACAUCGACCCCUCCAUCCAGCAGGUGCGCCAGGAGGAGCGCGAGCAGAUCAAGACCCUCAACAACAAGUUUGCCUCCUUCAUCGACAAGGUGCGGUUUCUGGAGCAGCAGAACAAGCUGCUGGAGACCAAGUGGACGCUGCUGCAGGAGCAGAAGUCUGCCAAGAGCAACCGCCUCCCGGGCAUCUUUGAGGCGCAGAUUGCUGGCCUGCGGAAGCAGCUAGAGGCCCUGCAGCUGGAUGGGGGUCGUCUGGAGGUGGAGCUUCGGAACAUGCAGGAUGUCGUGGAAGACUUCAAGAAUAAGUAUGAAGAUGAAAUUAACCGUCGCACAGCUGCUGAGAAUGAGUUUGUGGUGUUGAAGAAGGACGUGGAUGUUGCCUACAUGAACAAGGUGGAGUUGGAGGCCAAGGUGGAUGCCCUGAACGACGAGAUCAACUUCCUCAGGACCCUCUAUGAGCAGGAGCUGAAAGAGCUGCAGUCUGAGGUCUCAGACAUGUCCGUGGUCCUGUCCAUGGACAACAACCGCUCCCUGGACUUGGAGAGCAUCAUUGCUGAGGUCAAGGCCCAGUACGAGGAGAUCGCCAACCGCAGCCGGGCUGAAGCCGAGGCCUGUUACCAGACCAAGUUUGAGACCCUCCAGGCCCAGGCUGGGAAGCACGGGGAUGACCUCCGGAAUACCCGGAAUGAGAUUGCAGACAUGAACCGGGCUGUCCAGAGGCUGCAGGCUGAGAUCGACAACAUCAAGAACCAGCGUGCCAAGUUGGAAGCCGCCAUUGCCGAUGCUGAACAGCGUGGGGAACUGGCUGUCAAGGAUGCACGGGCCAAGCAGGAGGAUCUGGAGGCCGCCCUGCAGAAGGCCAAGCAGGACAUGACCCGGCAGCUCCGGGAGUACCAGGAGCUCAUGAACAUCAAGCUGGCCCUGGACAUUGAGAUUGCCACCUACCGCAAGCUGCUGGAGGGUGAGGAGAGCCGGUUGACCGGAGAUGGAGUAGGAGCCGUGAACAUCUCUGUGGUCAGUUCCACGGGCGGCUCUGGUAGCCGGCUGACUUUUGGGGGAACCAUGGGCAACAAUGCCCUGAGAUUCUCCAGCGGUGGAGGGCCUGGGACCCUCAAGGCCUACUCCAUGAGGACCACAUCCGCCACCAGCAGGAGCCCCCGCAAUUGA